AGGAAUUAUUAAAUAGAUUAAAUCCAGAGGGAAUCUUUGUGACAUUUACAUGUUCCACAAAAAAGUGUGAAACGUAAGAACAGUUGGUGGCUGUGGUACAUACGGAGAGGGAACAUGUAUGGUUUACAAUUACAGUGCGCUCUUAAAUCUUUGGAUCCUUGCUCUCUAGUUAAGAUAUUUAAAGCAUUAAAAGAUUUUUUCUUUCAAAAUAUAGAUGGUGUAAAUCCAAACACAAUAUAGUCAUGUCAGUCCUGUAAAUUAAUCUGCCAAACUAAUUAAAUGAGACAGAUAAACAGUUAGAAGUCUGUCUUUAUUUGCUGAAUUGUUUUGUGGUUUUUUAAAUCUACCUUUGAGACAAUUCAUCAGUAUCAUAUUAAAUAAGAAGAAAACUAAAAGUGACAAUGUCAUUGAAUUUCAUAGUGAGAGCACAGUGAUGAUUAUUCUUACUCGUUUCAAACACUAUUGAACCUGAUCCAGUUUCAUUUUUGGUUGAUACUUCACAUUUAGAGAUAUCUGCUGAGAUUUUCCUUGAAUUUAACCCAUUACAACAGUUUUCAGUUCUCCACGAUGCCUCGUCUGAAAGAAGGAGACUCCUUUAAACUUCCGCUCAGCUCCGUGGUUUUCCACACUGUUGUCUUCCUUCAGCUAACACAGCACUGUGCAGGUCAGUCCCAGCUGGUUGGUCCAUCUCAGCCAAUAGUCGUAACAGCUGGUGAUGACAUCAUUUUACCAUGUCAGAUCGAACCUGCUUUGGAUGCCUCAGUCAUGACUAUAGAGUGGACGAGGCCCGAUCUCAACCCCAGAUUUGUGCAUGUGUGGCGUGACGGAGUGGAACUGGAGAGUAAAAAACAUCCGUCCUACAACACAAGAACAUCAGUGUCCGUCAACAAGCUGAGGUGUGGAGACAUUUCACUGAAACUGUCCAAAGUGAGACUCUCUGAUGGCGGCACAUACAGAUGCUUCAUCCCCACACUGGGCAGAGAAUCUACAGUUGAGCUUGUUGUUGGUGUAGCCUCAUCCAUUGUCAUCAGCUUAGAGAGGACUGGAGAAGAAGAAGUCAGUAGUGGGCUGGUUCUACGAUGUAACUCUACAGGCUGGUAUCCAGAACCUGAGGUGUUCUGGCUGGACGGUGAGGGAAACCUCCUCUCUGCUGGACCUACAGAGACAGUCAGAGGUCCUGAUGACCUCUAUACUGUCAGCAGCAGAGUGACUGUGGAGAAGAGACACAGCAACAGCUUCACCUGUAGAGUCCAACAGAACCACACCAACCAGAUCAGAGAGACACACAUACAUGUUCCAGAGGAUGUAUUCAUGGAUCCAUCUUCUCCUGCUGUUGCACUUCUUAUCAUCUUGUCCGUUGUCUGUGUCCUGCUUCUGUCUGCAGUUGUUUUUGCUGUUUGGAAACUGAGACGAAACAAAAGCCAAAACAAGAAGCACCACAACAAAAGACCUGAAGAAGGACCAGAAGAAACAGAGCUGCUCGUCAACGGACAGAAGAAAAGGGGUGCUCUGCAUGAAGAGAAAUUACAGGAGAAAGUGGAAGAAAAGACAUAUAUGACAUACGUGAUUUCAGUGUUGUCAGAAAAGAAGCUAGAACUCGAGAACCAAAGAGACAAACUGAAGUCACAGAUAGAGGAGGUGGAAACAGAGAGGACAGAGAACGAGAAGAAACUUCAGUCGUUUUGGCAAUUUAAUAAAAAUAACCUAUUAGAUAUGAAACUGCAGCUGGAACACAAAAAGAAAGAAUAUGAGAAAUCUUCACAGAGAAUCACCGGAGGAAUACAGACAACUGAUGAUUUUAUUACAACAAUAACAGAAAGGAUGAAGGAAGUACAAAAGCAGGCUCGGGAAAUGAGUGAACGAUCUGAAGACACAAAGGGCCAAAGAGACAAGUUUCAUCAGCAGUCAGAUCAGCCAGAGAGCAAAGAGGAGACAGACAGAAACACUGAUGUGUUGACAACAGCUGAGACACAAACCAACCUGCAUGUCUCUGACAGUCCAGCAGGAGGCAGCAGCUCACCUGGAGAGUCGAGCACAGCAGAGCAGACUGAGAUCACAACAGGAGAGAUGAUGGUCGACACAGUGAGAGACUCUCAUUAUGACUGAACAACAGUCAACCUUUCUCCUUCAUCCUAUUGUCUUUUGUAGACUUGUCUUCACUGAGUAUAAUGCGACACCAACUGAAAUACUUUUUUAAAUGGUUUUCUAAAUAAUUUGGUUGUACAGAUUUAUACACUUUUAUUUACUCAGAGUUUUAUUUGUACCAAUUUUACAAAAUGUCUAAACUUUAUUGCAGCAGUCAGUCUACUGACUGUAGACUAGUAGCUGUAAAUGAGCCAGUUAACCUACUUUGGAUCAUAUUCUAUUUCCACUAAAGGGAUUUGAAAGGUACUUAUAUUCAUUUUAGUGCUCUGGAGUUAUGAAUCCUAUCCUAAACUUUUGUUGAAUAAUAGUAAAACAUUCCAACACAUUCUAUUUAUCACUCUUUAUCAUUUUGCAGGUUGGACUGGUUAUGAACCUGCUCUUCACUGUCACAGUGUUUCUGAAAUAUAAACAAGUCUGGGGAAGUUAAUUCUUCCUUCUGUUGCGACAUUCAGAUCCAACAAAAUAAUGCAGCUGAAUUAGAAAUAGAUGAAAAAAUACUGACAGUAAAACAACCUGUGAGUCUUAUUAAUUAAAAAAAUGCAACCUUUAUUAAACUUACAUUUAUUCAUUAUAAAACAAUCUAAAAAUAUUACUUACUACUUUCUGCCCUCACACUCCAGGCUAUUACUUAGAACAAGAGUUCUGUCAUUGCAUCAGUGUGUUUGCAUGAUUUCCUCUGUUUAAUAGAUAAUAAUAAAAAUAAUAACCAAAUAUAAACCAAUAUAAACCAAUAUAACAAAUACUUUUCACCUUUGUAAUGAUCCAAACAAGUCACCGGUCACAGUUUUGUGAACACAGACAGCGCUCUGAGCAGAGAGUGGCAUCGAUAUGUUCACUGCUGGAGAGACAGAAGAAGAGAGCAGCGUGUCAGACAUAAGAUAAGAUAAUGUUCAGGUGAAUUUGAAUUACUCAUCAGAGGCUCAUUCACCUGCAGCCAUUGUUCACCUGUGAUAAUAACGGCUGUAAUAGCUGUGUUUUCAGCCGUUCUGACUGUUGUUCAUCCCAUUUUUUAUGAAUGUAUUCUGGCCCACCAGGUCAUGUUGGGAUUGUGGUUAUGUACAUACGGUAUUCAGUUUGUCAGACAUUUAAAUACCUGUGCGCUGAUUGUGUGCACUGAACUGUCCAAGCUUUCUGUCUCCCAUGUACAGCAGUGUGAAGUUUUGUGCUAUUAACCUCAGUAAACAGAGAAAAACACAUCUCUCAUCUUGUUUAAUAGCAGCAAAACAAUAAAGCUUCAUCAAACAAUCUACAUAAACUCGAUCUCUCU